AUGGAGGUUUGGUUCGAGUCCAAUCAGGCACUGUUCUCCAACAUCAAGAUGACCCAGGUGUUCAUAUGCAUUGACUCCAACACCAAUCUAAUCUCAUCAAUAUUGAACGUCGAUCCCCAAGACAUGCACCUAUCACGUUGGCGCAAGAACAUCCUGGUCUUUGACACCAUACUCGAGGGCAUGGGCCGGAACACCAAUCUCAUCAAGAUCAGCCAUGUGCCCAUGUCUGACCCAUCGUCAUCUUCCACGUCCUUGUCCUCUCCCUCGUCAUCAUUCAUUGGCGCCAAUGACAACAAUGGGGGCGGAGCUACAACCAGCGCACCUGGCACACAGCAGACUUCCAAUUCAACGGCCACGGCAACAGACAACUCAACGGCAACAACGUCUCAUGCUCAAUCUAUUCUCUCGAUCAUACAUAAUGUCAAGCAGAUUGUCACACCGCCCAAGAACUCAUUCAUCGCUUCAAUCCAAUACCUGCUGGCUCAGAGUCUACUGCGCGCACUCAGCAACUUUACCAACCGUAUUCAACGCGAUCGACUGUUCUACAAUCAGGUGAUAUCAUACAAGAAGAAUGAGGGCAUGUACAUCCCAUCAUUGUUUCUCUCUCGCAAGCCUCUCAUGCUGUUGUCCAACACAACUGAUUUGGUAGUGGUGUCACCAGACACAUCAUCAACAGACCAACAAGAUGGUGGAGUACUCACUCAAUCCAGCUCCAUUCACAACAUCAACUCGCUAUGCAAGUGCCGAAAGAUCACUCCAAUGCUAUCCAACAACAUUGUGUUGGGUGGUAGUCGACAAUCAGCAAGAGCAUCGGCCCAAGUCAAUGCAGAGGUACAAGGUGGCCUCGAUAACAACAACAACAUACUUUCCAAAUCAACUGUACGACCAACGAUGACGCCAUCAACAUCAACAACAACAACAACAUCCACAAACUCGUCCACCUUUAAGGUUGUAACGAGACCUUUGAAGCAAUCAAUGGAAAAGGACAAGCCGUGCUAUACUCUGUAUGAUACUCAAGAUGGCCUUGGCACGGCUUGUAUCUCAUCACUCUAUGGCUGGGACUUUGAGAAGAAGGAGCGCUCUGGCGAGCCCUUUGCCGACUGCUUCUGCAUCUCAACAAACAUUCAUCCAAACAUCCAUGCAUCCAUGACCAUUGCCGAUGGCAGUGGUAUUGGUGUUGACUCCCUGAGAGCUGCCACGCGGGCUGUCCUUGGAGCCAACGAGUACUUUGAGAAGAUCAGCAACGUUGAGAUAGCCACGACUAAUGAACUGCUGACCAAUAUUGGCAACGCGAUAAUGAAGGGACAUAUUAGGAUUGUGAAGGAUGAGUACUAUCAGACGGAGGACAUACAUGUUGAACCAAAGGGUGCCACGACCUUUUGUUUCGGCUGCCUCGCACAGACAAGGAAUGUGCUCCAGAACAUCAACACUACCUCUGCUCACCUGCCACAAGAGAAGAGUGGCAUACCAUUGUCCAAGAAGAAGGAGCAGUACAAUCGACCACUACCACAACGUCCACCAGACAAGAGCAACGGCAACGGCAACAACAGCUCUACUACUUUGGGAUCAGGAUCAAACACACCAGAGUCCACAGACUCGUCACCGUCAUCAAGCUCACCAAUACUGACUGGAAAUGGUGAUGGUGGACGUGACUCUGCACAGUUGUCAGGCGACAUGAAUGAGGCUACCGCUACAACAGGUGAUGACGAGAACCAUGUCAUGGACAUCAUUCACGAUAUCUUUGAUAUCAUCGAUGAUCAUCGCGAUGAACAUCUACAAGAUCACUUCCAGAAUGUGUCCGAUUCGUCAUCCAAGGGACAACAACAUCAGAGUGGCCACCAGGGCACAAAUGAUGUUGACCCUUCCAAGGUAUCGACUCAAAGUGAUAGGGCCAAAUCACCAAGAUCAAACACAAGCGCAACAACAACAGACAACAUUGGCACACAUAGGGACAAGGACAGAGACUCGGAUGAUAUGGCACCAAACAACAGACUGGCCAGCACUGAUGGACAGUGGUUCUUCAUGGUGGGAUCGGUUGGCGAUUGUCGCGCAUUCAGAUGGUCAUGCAAGAGUAAGGAGGUCAAGGAGGUGACCAACCUGAGGGCCUCGAUCAGGAACUUUAACGAGGCUGGCGGUCAACUUGGAUGGAUGUGGGGUGGCGACGGUAAGACGUGGCCCAUCACAGCACAGGACUAUCCAAAGAACCCGCUGCCCGAGCUCAAGGACGAACUGCUGAAAGCACGUGUAGACAAGUCCGUGCCCAACCUCAAGAACCUGCACUUUGGUCUGGUCCUUGUCAACCCGGGCGACAGGGUGUUUAUCGCGUCCGAUGGCGUCACCGACAACUUCCUGACCGUGAACCCAGGCACCAUCAGCACAAGCAAUGAUGCCGAAACCAACACCAACAUAUCAGACGACGACAUUGAUAUCAAUAUCACUCGAUUCUUUGCACAGCAGACACCAGAGACGCUGGCCACAUGCGAUAGUAUGUGUCAGGCAAUCAUCACUCAUUGUCUGGAGAAGACCCAACAGUUUAGAAACAUUCAGGAGGAGAUCAGCAGGACGAUGAUGUCAAUGAAGGAGACUGAGGCCACUGUCAAAGACCUAUCCAACGACCAAUCCUAUCAAUAUUUAAAGAAGAACUACUCACGUCUAGUCAACAGUAUCAGACAUAUCAAUAGUAACAACAACCACAACAACAACAACAACAACAAACACAACAAUAACAGGUUGUAA